AUGGCGACAACGAAAAUGAUAAAGCAGACGUUACCCGACAUAGCUCACGCAAAGGAGCAGCAGAUGCCGGAGCGUGGACAUGUUGACACUGAAGUGAAGCCAGAUCGCCUCUCGUGGCCGGCGUCGAGGCCAAGGACGCCCAAGGACGUUGUCCAAGGUCGACUGAGGGAGGCUGCUGGUCUGCCCGAUCGAGGUUUGACAAUUGGUGAUUUUGAACUCAUCAAGACACUAGGUACAGGUACCUUUGCUCGAGUAUGGCUAGCAAGGUUGCACGCUGCCAAAGAGCCAGACAACAACAUUUUUGCUCUCAAGAUACUGCGGAAAGCUGAAGUAAUAAAGCUGAAACAAGUCGAACAUGUACGAAACGAGAGCAAGUGCCUCUCCAAGGCUGCCGGCCACCCUUUUAUAACAACGCUAGUCACCACCUUCUCAGAAGAACUAUGCCUCUGCAUGCUGCUCGAAUAUUGCCCUGGCGGCGAAAUAUUUACUUUCCUCCGUCGAUCACGCAGAUUCAAUGAAGAAACCUCUAAAUUUUACGCUGCAGAAAUAACACUAGUCAUCGGGUACCUGCAUGACGUGCACGGAAUCGCCUAUCGCGACCUUAAACCCGAAAACAUCCUCCUCGACCAAGAUGGCCAUCUCAAAUUAGUUGACUUUGGCUUCGCGAAACAACUAUAUAACCUAGAAACAUACACACUCUGCGGCACUCCAGAAUACCUUGCUCCAGAAGUCAUACAUAACAGCGGCCAUGGCCUUGCCGUUGACUGGUGGGCCUUAGGCAUACUCAUCUACGAAUUUCUCGUCGGCCAACCACCCUUCUGGGACUCAAAUCCCAUGGGCAUAUAUGAAAAGAUAGUCCAAGGGAGAAUCCGCUUCCCUUCCAACAUGAAGGCUCCAGCUAAGGAUAUAAUCGGCUCCUUGUGUAAAGUGAACCCAUCCGAGCGAUUGGGGCACAUAUCUGGAGGAAGCCAGCGGGUUCGAGACCACCCUUUUUUCGAAGGUAUCAAUUGGGAUGAUCUGUAUCACAAACGGAUUAGGGGCCCGAUAAUACCGCAAGUAAACCAUCCAGCAGACACGGCGAAUUUCGAGGAAUAUCCUGAUCCGCCUGACCCGUCUACUCAGGCCGUUUACACGGAUGAAAUGAAGGAGAAGUACGAAGAGGUAUUUCAAGAUUUUUGA